AUGAUCGCGGUCAACCCCGAUGGGAAGAUAAUGGUCAGGCGAUGCCUGGUCACCCUGAGACCCUUUCGGCUUUUCGUCCUGGGCAUCGGCUUCUUCACGCUCUGCUUCCUGAUGACGUCUCUGGGGGGCCAGUUCUCGGCUCGGCGCCUGGGGGACGCGCCCCUCACCAUCCGCACGGAAGUGAUGGGGGGACCCGAGUCCCGAGGCGUCCUCCGCAAGAUGAGCGACCUGCUGGAGCUGAUGGUGAAACGCAUGGACGCGCUGGCCAGGCUGGAGAACGGCAGCGAGCCGCACCGGGGCGCCGGCCAUGGGCGAUUGGCCGCAGACAGGUUGCCCCCCGGGGCCGGCCUCCUGGAGCGGAUCCAGGCCAUCGCACAGAACGUGUCUGACAUCGCUGUGAAGGUGGACCAGAUCCUGCGGCACAGCCUGCUUCUGCACAGCGGGGUGUCUGAGGGCCGGCGGGACCAGUGCGAGGCGCCCAGUGACCCCAAGUUCCCUGACUGUGCCGGGAAGGUGGAGUGGAUGCGUGCCCGCUGGACCUCUGACCCCUGCUACGCCUUCUUCGGGGUGGACGGCACGGAGUGCUCCUUCCUCAUCUACCUCAGCGAGGUCGAGUGGUUCUGCCCCCCGCUGCCCUGGAGGAACAAGACGGCUGCCCGGACGCCCCCCAAGCCCCUCCCCAGAGCCCAGGCUGUUUUUAGGAGCAGUCUGUCCCCCCUGCUGGAGCUGAUGGGCAGCGGGAAGGAGUCUCUCAUCUUCAUGAAGAAGCGGACCAAGCGGCUCACGGCCCAGUGGGUCAUGGCUGCCCAGCGCCUGGCCCGGAAGCUGGGGGACGUUCGGAGGGACCAGAAGCAGAUCCUCGUCCACAUCGGCUUCCUGACCGAGGAGUCCGGGGACGUGUUCAGCCCGCGGGUGCUGAAGGGCGGGCCGCUGGGGGAGAUGGUGCAGUGGGCCGACAUCCUGGCUGCUCUCUACGUCCUGGGCCACAGCCUGCGGGUCACCGUCUCCCUGAAGGAGCUGCAGAGUAACUUAGGGGUGCCGCCAGGCCGGGGGAACUGCCCGCUCACCGUCCCCUUGCCGUUCGACCUCAUCUACACCGACUACCACGGCCUGCAGCAGAUGAAGCAGCACAUGGGGCUCUCCUUCAAGAAGUACCGGUGCCGAAUCCGGGUCAUUGACACCUUCGGGACGGAGCCUGCCUACAACCACGAGGAGUAUGCCACGCUGCACGGCUACCGAACCAACUGGGGCUACUGGAACCUCAACCCCAAGCAGUUCAUGACCAUGUUCCCCCACACCCCGGACAACUCCUUCAUGGGCUUCGUGUCGGAGGAGCUGAACGGCACGGAAAAGCAGGCGGUGAAGGGUGGCAAGGCCGGCAACAUGGCCGUGGUGUACGGCAAGGAGGCCAGCAUCUGGAAGGUGAGCGGGAAGGAGAAGUUCCUGGCCAUCCUGAACAAGUACAUGGAGGUCCACGGCACGGUGUACUACGAGAGCCAGCGCCCCCCGGAGGUGCCCGCCUUCGUCAAGAACCACGGCCUCCUGCCACAGCCCGAGUUCCAGCAGCUGCUGCGCAAAGCCAAGCUCUUCAUAGGGUUCGGCUUCCCCUACGAGGGCCCCGCCCCGCUGGAGGCCAUCGCCAACGGCUGUGUGUUCCUGCAGGCCCGCUUCAGCCCGCCCCACAGCUCCCUCAACCACGAGUUCUUCCGGGGCAAGCCCACCUCCAGAGAGGUGUACUCGCAGCAUCCCUACGCGGAGAACUUCAUCGGGAAGCCGCACGUGUGGACGGUCGACUACAACAACUCGGAGGAGUUCGAAGCGGCCAUCAAGGCCAUCAUGAGAACCCAGGUAGACCCCUACCUGCCCUACGAGUAUACCUGCGAGGGCAUGCUGGAGCGGAUCCAUGCCUACCUCCAGCACCAGGACUUCUGCUCGGCCCCAGGCCCUGCACCCCCGGGGACCCACACCCUGCAGAGCCCCUUCGUCCUGGCCCCCAACGCCACCCACCUCGAGUGGGCCCGGAACGCCAGCAUGGCCCCCGGAGCCUGGCCCCCCGCCCACUCCUUGCGAGCCUGGCUGGCUGCCGCCGGGAGGGCCUGCACGGACGCCUGCCUGGACCACGGGCUGAUCUGCGAACCCUCCUUCUUCCCCUUCCUCAACAGCCGAGACGCCUUCCUCAAGCUGCAGGUGCGCUGUGACAGCACCGAGUCCGAGAUGAACCACCUGUACCCGGCCUUCGCGCAGCCCGGCCAGGAAUGCUACCUGCAGAAGGAGCCCCUGCUCUUCAGCUGUGCCGGCUCCAGCACCAAGUACCACCGGCUGUGCCCCUGCCGGGACUUCCGCAAGGGCCAGGUGGCCUUGUGCCAGGGCUGCCUGUGA